AUGGCACCGAAAGUACCUGUACCCAAUCCUGCAGCGGACAAGCUGCCCUUGGCAGUUCGCAAGAACGUCCGAGAUGAGUGGGAGAGCAAGAAGCCUGAAAUCGAGGAACGCAUCUCAAAGGCUCUGGGGGAGACAUGGACCAUUUCCGUCAACCCCAACCUCCUCUAUGCAAAUACUGAUGAUGAGGGCCGCAAGUCCAAUAUUGGGGCCGUGAUCUACUGGUAUUUUGAGCCCUUCGCCACUAACGUGGAGAGCUUUGUCCAGUCAUUCGGCGAUGAUGGCAAAGCUGAACUCAACAAUCUUGUUUCUGAGCAUCGCGUGGAGUUUGUUCCUCAAGAUGAGACUACCUUCACAUAUGGUGGUCUUCAAAUCAAGGACGGUGUGCUUCGCCUAGUCUUCGCUCUAGGCAAUUUGGCUGUCAAUGUCUCAGAUGUUAGCCGUGACUUCACUGAUGCGCUCAAGAAGGCUGCUGCUUCUGGCAGUGGCAAUGCUUUCAACAUUGUGGCAAGAAAUGCUGUUCGUGAGGACUAUGACACCAAUAUUGAGGCUAUCCAGGAGGCCAUCGGAAAACUCGUUGGUGUUCCCGAUAUCAAGCUCAAUGGAAAUUUCGAGAAGAAUGCCGCAGCUCUCGCAAAGGCUGGUGACAAAGUCAUCUCUGAUUGGGAUCGUGGCUUUGGGGACGGCACCUACGGUUAUUUUGAAGGACUCAAGGGACAACUUGAGUACAAAGGAUUCAAGGAUGAUGACAUGUUGCAGGAGGGUUUCCAAGAAGGCGUUUCGAAGAAUGAGAUCCAGCUGCGUGUCGUUGACAAAUUAACCAAGGGAAGCUACCAUGAGCUUUUCAUUGAGGAUGGAGUCCUUGUGAUCCAAACCGUGCCGGAAAAUUGGCGGACCAAUGUCAGCUACGUUGGCGAGGACAUCCUGGAAAUCUUGUAG